UUUUUUUUUUGGGCUGGACUCCUCCCCGCUCGCUCGCCUAUAAAGCCCCCCCCGGUGCCCGCCGCUCAUCGGGGUUUGCAAACUUCCACCCAAGGGGACGUCAACGUCAGCCACGGGCCAACGACCGCCGCAAAACAUCUCCAACACCGCAGGUCCAAGCAAACCACCCCGAGCAAGCAACCAAGAUGGCGCCCUUUGAGAAAUCCAUGGAGAUGAUGAUGCCCUUUAAGCAGAGGAAGUGCUUGGAAACAAGAAAAGAUGAAGUGUGCAGCAUUCGCUCCAAAUUCCCCAACAAGCUGCCCGUUAUCGUGGAACGUUACAUCCGUGAAAAGACUCUCCCCCUGCUGGACAAGACAAAGUUUUUGGUUCCCUUUGAGCUCACCUUGGGUCAGUUCCUCUGCCUGCUCAGGAAUAAGAUCGACCUGGAAUCGACGCAGGCUCUCUUCCUGCUCGUGGCUGAGAAAAGCAUGUCCUGCAUGUCCUCCAGCAUGGGGGAGGUCUACUCCCACCACAGCGACCCAGACGGCUUCCUCUACAUCACCUACGCCUCUCAGGAAAUGUUCGGAGCGCCCCGACCGGCAGAGGCCGCCGCGCUGAGCCAGAACCCACCUGAGCUACCUCCAACAGCCAAUUUUUUCAAAAUUUGAACCGUGCCCGCACGAGGGCUGCUUUCCUGAGGUGUUAGCCCGACACGUUAUGCCACGGGAGAGAUUCAACUCAUUCAGGAUACACUCAAGACAGAAAAUUCCCCCUUGAGUAUUAUGAUCGAAACGUCGAUAAAUGUCCAUCGUUGGGUGUCAUUGACAUCUUGCAGGAGAAUUGCAAUGCGCACAAACCAGUGUGCGUGCUUCUGGUGACGCAGGAGCCUCGAAGGUGCCCAAACGGGCGCAGAGUCAUGCUGCUAAUCACUCCCUCGUAGCACUUAUUCCUCCUCACCUUCCUCGACAAUGUGAAUUCUUGUCCCGGACUUCUCGUCACAAGGACUAUUGAGGCACCGUGACGUGUUUCGGUAUUCAAAAAGAAAUAAACGUCCUUUUAAUACAUUGA